UGUUUGAUCUACUUGACUAUCAGCCAGCGGCGACGAGCUCUCCAGUUUGAAACUAAGGCUGGACGACACGACGAACGCUAGCUAGAUCUCUGAACGGUUUCCGCGACGAACAGUAGCCAUGGCGUUAAGAACGAUAAGCAGGCGUCUUCUAAGGAGCAAUUUACGCUCUUCAUUCUCUCCUGCAUCGAUGUUACAUUCUCAUGCUACAAGCUUCGGUUUCAAACAAAUACGAGAAGAAGAGAAGAUUCAAAUGGUUGGCAAUGUCUUUACCAACGUCGCUUCCAAGUAUGAUCUCAUGAAUGAUGUGAUGACUGCAGGGCUACACCGGUUAUGGAAGGAUAGAUUAGUCUGCAAAUUAAAUCCAUUUCCUGGAAUGAAAUAUCUGGAUGUGGCUGGUGGAACUGGGGAUAUUGCUUUUCGGAUCUUAGACAAUAUUAACAGCAUCAGCCGUAGAUCCCUGCAAACUCUUCCUGAAGAUAUUACUCAUGAGGAAACAAAGAUAUUCGUUUGUGAUAUCAAUCCAAAUAUGUUGAAUGUUGGUAAAAAGAGAGCUCAGGAGAGAGGGCUUCGAGGAGAUCGAUCUCUCAUAUGGGUGGAGGGAAAUGCUGAGCUUCUUGAUUUUGAAGAUAACUCAAUGGAUGGUUAUACAAUUGCAUUUGGUAUCAGGAAUGUGACACAUAUAGAGAAAGUUCUUGCUGAAGCUUACAGGGUGCUUAAACCUGGGGGAAGAUUCCUUUGUCUUGAACUAAGUCAUGUUGAAAUUCCAGUUUUUAAAGAAUUGUAUGAUAAUUACUCGUUCUCAGUCAUUCCAGCUUUAGGAGAGCUAGUUGCUGGAGACCGAGAUUCUUAUCAAUAUCUAGUUGAGAGUAUUCGUCGUUUUCCACCUCAGGAGAAAUUCGCUUCAUUAAUCGCGGAUGCUGGGUUUCAAAAAGUUGAAUAUGAAAAUCUUGUGGGCGGUGUGGUGGCCAUCCAUUCUGGAUUGAAGCUUUAGAAGCGUCACAGCUUUUCCAACUUAUUAUUAACAAGUAGUCCCCAUAUUAAGGGGUGAUGAGAAUGAUACUCUAUCCAUAAGUGAAAACUCAAAUUCACCUUCCCCGAAUUCCGACACAUCUUACUGUGGAGUUAAAUUUAGUUUCUAAAUGUUAUUAUAUUUGGGU